ACUCAACUCAGUGCAUACAGAGGAAGCAAAGUUUGCAGUUGAAGUGAGUGAAAGCUAUGGUAAUGAAGUAAGAAGAUCACAAAAUAAGAACAAAAUGAAAACUUCUCGUUUACUCGUGUUUGCAGUCACUGCACUGUUAUGUUGGCAUUGCAGCAGCGGUCAGCAGAGAGGGUUGUUUCCUGCUGUGCUAAAUCUUGCCACUAUGGCUGAAAUCAGUACCAAUGCCACCUGUGGUCAAAAUGGGCCUGAAAUGUAUUGUAAACUGGUAGAACAUGUUCCUGGACGACCAUUUAGGAACCCACAGUGCAGAGUCUGUGACUUGAGCAGUGGAAAUCCGAAGGAACGGCAUCCGAUAACAAAUGCAAUUGAUGGCACGAACAGAUGGUGGCAAAGCCCCAGCAUUCAAAAUGGAAUGGAAUACCAUUAUGUGACCAUCACUCUAGACCUAAAACAGGUGUUCCAGAUUGCAUAUGUUAUAAUAAAGGCAGCCAAUUCUCCACGCCCUGGGAAUUGGAUUUUGGAGCAUUCAAUUGAUGGAAUAACUUACAAACCAUGGCAGUAUUACGCUGUAACAGAUACAGAAUGCCUUACUCGUUACAAUAUUGUGCCUAGGCCAGGUAACCCAACGUAUACAUCAGAUGAUGAAAUUAUUUGCACCUCAUUCUAUUCAAAAAUUCAACCUCUGGAAAAUGGUGAGAUUCACACUUCCCUUAUCAAUGGAAGGCCGAGUGCUGAAGAUCCAUCCUCAACUUUGCUGGAGUUCACCUCGACUCGUUAUAUUCGUCUGAGGCUUGAGAGAAUUCGGACACUUAAUGCUGAUCUUAUGACUUUAGCAUACAAUGAUCCAAAGGAUAUUGACCCUAUUGUUACAAGAAGGUAUUACUACUCUCUGAAAGACAUUUCUGUUGGUGGGAUGUGCAUCUGCUACGGACAUGCAAGUGCUUGUCCUCUCGAUUUAGUAACAAAUAAAUUUAGCUGCAAAUGUGAGCACAACACCUGUGGGGAAAGUUGUGAUCGUUGCUGUCCUGGAUUCCAUCAGAAACCCUGGGAAGCUGGAACAUUUUAUAGCAGAAAGUUAUGUGAACAAUGUAAUUGCCAUGGAAAAGCUAGAGAUUGCUACUAUGACCAGAAUGUAGCCAACAGGAGCCAGAGUUUAAACAUAAAGGGAGAGUACAUUGGUGGAGGUGUAUGUAUUGACUGUGCUAACAAUACAACUGGGAUAAAUUGUGAGACCUGCAUUGAUGAAUACUUCAGACCUGAAUGGGUUUCCCCUUUUGAACCAAAUCCAUGUUUACCUUGCUUGUGCAAUCUAAUUGGGUCCUUGCAUAAUAAAUGUAUUAAGGAUAUCAAACGCAUGGAAGGAGGUUUGCUUCCUGGCUCUUGCCACUGCAAGGCUGGCUAUGGUGGAGAUAAAUGUGACAGAUGUGCAUUUGGUUUCACUGGCUAUCCUAGUUGUGUUCAAUGUAACUGUAGUAUUGAUGGAAGCUUGAAUGAUGAUCCGUGUAUUGGACCAUGCAUUUGCAAGGCCAAUACUGAAGGAGAAAACUGUGACCAAUGUAAGACAGGAUUCUUCAACUUGCAGUCAGAGAACUACCAUGGUUGUGACCAGUGUUUCUGUUCAGGGAUAUCCAGUGAAUGUGAUUCCUCUCAAUGGACCUAUGAUAACGUGACUGACAUGUUUGAUUGGUUCCUCACCAAUUUGGAAGGCAUUUCAAAAAUUCUGCCCAGGCAGCAGAACGUAGAUGGGUUAUUGCAGGUGAACAUUAAUGAAUAUGAACGCAACAGGAUUCUACUACAGCCAUAUUAUUGGAGUGCGCCAAGUGCAUAUUUGGGCCAAAAGCUGACAGCCUAUGGAGGGAAAUUGAUUUUCACCAUCUCUGCUGACUCCACAGGAUAUCUGUCUCACAAUCAAAAGUCUCAAAUCUUCUUAGAGGGUAAUGGUAUCCUCAUAAGCAAUGGUGUUGAAAGAAUUGAGCUUGAUCCAUUGACAGACCACACCAAAAUGAUAGUUCUACGACCUGAGAAUUUUGUGAUUCAUUCCACAAUGUCACUGGUAAACAGGAAGGACUUCAUGACUGUUCUGGCAAACAUUACCCGUCUUCUAAUAAGGGCCACCUAUAGCUACGACCAGACUGCCAUCUAUAGGUUGAGCUCUGUUAUUCUCCAGACAGCUAAUCCAAAUUCAUUAGGCCAACAUACAGCUACAAGCGUUGAGAUUUGUCACUGUACCCCCGAGUACUCUGGCACAUCUUGUGAAUCCUGUGCACCUCGGUACAGACGAGUAAAUGGCACCCUCUACGGAGGAAUCUGUGAACCAUGUGUUUGUUAUGGCCAUUCUAACUAUUGUGAUGAUGUUACUGGGGAAUGUUUGAAUUGCCUGCAUGAUACCACUGGCCCAUUUUGUGAUAAGUGUCGGUCUGGCUUUUAUGGAGACACAACUCGGGGAACGCCCAAUGAUUGUCAUCCUUGCAGCUGUCCACUGCUAAUUCCUACAAAUAAUUUUAGUCCAACCUGUCACCUGGAUUCUAGGGGAGAGAUAAUAUGUGACCGGUGCCCUCCUGGAUAUUCAGGAUCUCGGUGUGACAGGUGUUCUGAAGGCUUCUUUGGGCGACCUAGUAAACCUGGUGGAUUAUGCCAGCCCUGCCUGUGCAAUGGUAACCUUGAUCUGUCAGUACCUGGCAGCUGCAAUUCAUUGACAGGAGAGUGUCUACGCUGUAUUGAGGGAAUUUCUGGUCAGUUCUGUGAUGAAUGUGCUGAAGGAUUCUUUGGAGAUGCUAUUGUAGCCAGGAAUUGCCGACCCUGUGAAUGCCAUGUUAAUGGAUCUGUUGCUGAGCUCUGUGACAAGCAGACUGGACAAUGCCAGUGUAAACACAAUGUUGCAGGAAGAAAGUGUGAUCAUUGCUUGAGUGGAACUUAUCUGCAUUCUUCAAGGGGUUGCAUUCCCUGUAACUGCAAUUCCUUUGGAUCAAAAUCAUUUGACUGUGAUGAUAAAGGCCGGUGCAGAUGUCAGCCUGGAGUGGCGGGGCAAAAAUGUGACAGAUGUGCCCCAGGCUUUCACAACUUCCAAGAAGGCGGCUGUGUUCCAUGUGAAUGUGCCCAUGUUGGCAAUCAUUGUGAUUCAGAAACCGGACAGUGUGUCUGCCCUCCAAAUACAGUGGGUGAAAAAUGUGACAAAUGUGCUGCACAUUUCUGGGGUCAUAACUUUGCCAGUGGAUGUAAACCCUGUAACUGUACUAUUGAGGGAUCGUUAAACCUACAGUGUGACGAUGUAACAGGCUGCUGCUUCUGCCGUCCAGAAUUCACAGGAGAAAAGUGUGACCGAUGCAGAGCAGGUUAUUGGAAUUAUCCACAAUGCAGGCUUUGUGACUGUGGUUUGGCAGGGACAGAGAGUCAAACCUGUGAUGAAGUCGGAAUUUGUUCAUGUGCAGUAUAUAAUGGACAGUGUAACUGUAAGGUGAACGUGGAGGGAAUUAGUUGUGAUAGGUGCAAGACUGGUGCUUUUGCACUCUAUUCAAGCAAUCCUCAUGGAUGCAGUAGUUGUUACUGCUCAGGUGUGACUACACAAUGUACUGAGGCAAAAGGGCUGAUCCACAGGAGACUGAUGCUUAAAUCUGAUCAGACUGUACUGGAAAUAGUAAAUAAAUUCAAUGACAGAAAAACAACCAGUGGUGUCUUUCAUCAGCAUCCAGAGAUAGUAGCAAACGUAGGCAUAGUGAUCAAGCAUCUUCUUUAUGAGCCUUUUUACUGGAAACUUCCAGAACAGUUUGAAGGGGAAAAGCUCAUGGCCUAUGGUGGCAAGCUGAGGUAUGCCAUUUACUUUGAAGCUAGAGAAGAAGUGGGUCAAUCUACCUAUGAGCCACAAAUUAUUAUGAGAGGUGGGCCCACAAGAGAGAUGACUGUUGUACGACAUGUAUCUGCUCCUCAAAUAGGUCAGCUAACCAGACAUGAGGUAGAGCUCACUGAGCAUGAAUGGAAAUAUGACAAUUCACCAGAUGGCAGACCUGUGUCUCGCAAAGACUUCAUGGAUGUACUAUAUGACAUUGAUUCCAUCCUCAUCAAGGCAUCUUAUGGGACUUUCAUGAGACAAACCAGAAUCUCAGAAAUAUCUCUGGAAGUGGCUGAAGCCAGUGAUAGCUACUUCCUGGCAGAACAUGCCCAACAGAUUGAGCAAUGCUUUUGCCCAGAAAGUUAUUCCGGACUGUCAUGCCAGGAUUGUGCCCUAGGUUAUUACAGAACAUCAUUGAGAUCAACAAUCAGGGGGCCCAGACCGAUGGUGUGGAACUGUGUACCUUGUCAGUGCAAUGGCCAUAGUGAAACCUGUGACCGUAAGACCUCCAUAUGUCAGAAUUGUCGUGACAACACAGCUGGUGGCCAUUGUGAAGUGUGUGCUCCUGCGUACUAUGGGAUAGUAAGAGGAUCGCCAAAUGAUUGCCGUCCUUGUGCUUGCCCUCUUCAGAUUUCCAGUAACAACUUUAGUCCUACUUGCAUUAUGGAAGGACAUAAUGCUUACCGCUGUGAUGCAUGUCAAGAGGGAUAUGAGGGGCAGUACUGUGACAGGUGUGCACCUGGUUACUAUGGUAAUCCAAGAAUUGAAGGAAGCUCUUGUAUACAAUGUGAGUGUGAUCCUUUUGGUUCAUUACCUGUACCAUGUGACAAAGCCACUGGUCAGUGUAAAUGCAAACCAGGAAUGAAGGGCUGGACCUGUGAUAGCUGCAUGGAGUGGCAUGUUCGUGAAGGCACGAAAUGUAUUUCUUGUGAUGAUGAAUGCACGGGACUUCUGCUGAAUGACCUUGAACACCUUAAUCAACUGAUUACAAGGCUGAAUCUCUCUGGACCCUUCCCUCCUCCUUAUAAGGUGCUUUACAGAUAUGAAAAUGUAUCUCAAGAAUUGAAGUACCUAAUGUCACCUCAGAGAGCACCAGAGAGACUUCUACAGCUGGCUGAUAGUAACCUGGAUACCUUAAUCACAGAGAUGGAUGAAUUACUGAACAGGACAACAAAAGUUUCAGCAGAUGGUGAGCAAACUGAUAAGGACACCGAGAAGACUUACAAACGAGCAAUGGAGUUAGAAAAUUCCAUCAGAUAUACUGUGUUGGCUUCUGAAGAUUUAAAAGAAAAAACUAUAAAAUUAAAUGAAACACUGAGAAUCAAAGAUGGGGUUACAGAGAAAAAUCUGCAAUACAUGCAAAAGCAUAUUGAAAAGAUGAUUGCAGAGAUGCGUGAGAGAUCAUUUGAAAAACACGAAGAAAUGGCUGAAGAUGAACUUGAGGCUGCCAGUGCGCUUUUGGAGAAGGUGAAAAAGAUGUUUGACGAUCCCCAUAAGACCACUGGAGGGCUGAAGGAUGAGCUCAUGAACAAACUAGCUGACUACAAAGACAAAUUUGAUGAAGCCCAAGAGCUAUUGAAAGAAGCACAAGAAAAAAUCAAGCAGACUAAUCACCUGUCUGCUGUUAAUCAGAAAAAUAUGACUGCAUUGGAGAAAAGAAAACAGGGAGUUGAAGAUAGUAAGAAGGACACAGAAGACAUUCUUAAUGAAGGUCAUUACCUUGUAGCUGAAGCUAAACGACUUUUGGAAGCAGUCUCUUUGGGAUUAGAUGAUCUAGAAGAGCAAAAACAUCUGGAACAUUUAAUUACAGAGCUAAAAGACAAAAUGGAUGCACUUGCAGCUGGCAUUCAUGAUGAUAAACUUCCAGAACUGGUCCUUCAUGCAGAGUAUCAUGCUGCAGAACUUAAUGACUCAUCUGGAAUCCUGGAUGGCAUCCUUGCUGAAGCCAAGAAUCUGUCCUUUAAUGCAACUGCAGCCUUCAAAGCUUAUACAAAUAUCAAAGAUAAAAUUGAUGAAGCUGAAAAAGUGGCAAAAGAAGCCAAGGAUACAGCCAAUCAAGCUGUGAGGCUGGCAUCUGGUCCAGAUGGAUCUUUGAAGGAAACUGCAAAGAGUUCACUACAAAGAAGCUUUAGACAGUUGAAUGAGGCCAAACGAUUGGGAGCAGAUGUAAAAGAAAAAGGAGAUGACUUGAAUAAUUUACAAAAUAGGCUAAACGAUGGUACUGCAAAAAACAAAGGCUUGCUAAAAGCCUUAAAUGAUAGCCUUGUAAAAUUCCACGCCAUUCCCAAAGAUGCAAGCACAAAGAUACAAGCAGCUAAAGAUAAAGCUAAACAAGCAAAUGAUACUGCAAAUGCAGUGCUGGCAGAAAUAAAAGAUCUGAACCAGAAUCUACUUGGAUUGCAGGACAACUGCAGCAAGCUGAAAGAUGACAUUGCUAAAGCAAAUGCUGCCAUUAACACACCAGCUAAAACGAUUGCUGAUGCUGAUAUGAAAGUUAAAGAAUUGGAAGACAAGACAGAUAAGUUGCUGAAUAAACUAAAACCUAUCAAAAAUCUUCAGGACACUCUAGGCAAGAACAUCUCUCACAUCAAAGAGCUUAUAAAUCAAGCCCGUAAACAUGCCAACUCAAUAAAAGUAUCAGUCUCAUCUGGUGGUGAUUGUAUCCGCACUUACCGUCCUGACAUAAAAAAGGGCACCUACAAUUCAAUUGUUCUGAAUGUGAAGACGUCAGAGCUUGAGAAUCUACUAUUUUAUCUUGGUAGUGCAAAAUAUACUGACUUCUUAGCAAUUGAGAUGCGAAAAGGCAAAGUCAACUUCCUGUGGGAUGUAGGAUCUGGUGUUGGACGUGUUGAAUAUCCAGACUUGAUCAUUAAUGACCAGUACUGGUACAGAAUUGAAGCCUCUAGGUUUAGAAGAAAUGGUACAGUUUCUGUACGUGCGCUAGAUGGUCCAAGGGCAAGCAUCAUGCCAACCACAUAUAGUGCAGUAUCACCUGAAGGCUAUACAAUUCUUGAUGUGGAUGAAAAUGCUUACCUGUUUGUUGGUGGUCUAACAGGAGAAGUGAAGAAAUCAGAUGUGGUCAAAACAACCACUUUCUCUGGCUGUAUGGGAGAAACUUAUUUGGAUCGUAAACCUAUUGGAUUAUGGAAUUACAGAGACAGACAGGGAGAAUGCAAAGGCUGUGUUGUGAGUCCACAACCCACUGACACUGAAGGCACAGUACAGUUUGAUGGAGAAGGUUAUGCAGCUGUUGGUCGACCAACUCGCUGGAAUCCAAAUAUGUCAGCGAUCAUAUUCAAAUUCAGGACUUUUACUUCAGAUGCACUGCUCAUGUACCUUGCCACAAAGGAUCUGAGAGAUUUCAUGAGCGUUGAACUGACUGAUGGGCGAAUAAAGGUUAGUUAUGACCUUGGCUCAGGUGCAGCUAAUGUCACCAGUAGAGGACGCCACAAUGAUGGGAAAUGGAAAACUUUCACCUUAUCAAGAAUUCUGAAACAAGCAAAUAUUUCCAUACGUGAUACAACAAGCAAUAAAGAAGAAAACCUGGUCAUAAUUUCCUCAGGAACGAACUUUGGUCUCAAUCUGAAAUCUAGUGAGAAGAUAUAUUUUGGUGGUUUGCCUCUCUUACAAAAUUUAAGUAUGAAGGCCAGGCCUGAAGUCAAUUUAAAGAAAUAUAGUGGCUGCCUCAGAGAUAUAGAAAUUUCCCAGUCACCAUAUAAUUUGUUGAGUGGCACAGAUUACCUGGGAUUAACAAAAGGCUGUAUAUUGGAGAAUGUCCACACUGUUAGCUUCCAUAAACCUGGAUUUGUUGAGCUUCAACCACAUGCAUUGAAUGUAGGCACAGAAAUAUCUCUUUCCUUCAGCACUAAAAAUGAGACUGGAAUGAUACUUUAUGGAAGUGGAAAAGCUUCAGCUCAACUCAGGAGAAAACGCCGCCAAACUGGACAGGUCUACUAUGCAGUUUUCCUAAACAGAGGGCGCUUGGAAGUACAUAUCGCUACUGGAACUCGAGAACAUCGGCGUGUCACAAUAAAACCAGAAUCUGUAGUGUUCAAUGAUGGAAAGGAACAUAGUGUUAGACUGCAUAGAUCUAAAGGGUUGCUUGUAGUGCAAGUGAAUGAAGAAAAAGCUCAAAGACAACGACUACCCAAUGAUCUGCCUCUCAAUAUUAAAAGGCUGUUUGUUGGAGGUGUUCCUGUUUCAUUCCAAGUCAGCCAAUUAAGAAGUAUCACACCUUUUGAAGGCUGUAUAUGGAACUUAGUUAUUAAUUCAGUACCACUGGACUUUGCUCAACCAGUAUCUUUUGAGCAUGCAGACAUUGGGAGGUGCCCUACCCUAAAACCUUCAAAACCACUUCCUGAUGAGGAAACUGAGACAGCUGAAAUCACAGUCAAACCUAUCACAGAACUGGAAAAAAUUCCUACACCUGCUCCAAAUACAUGUGCGGUGGACAUAUCCCCAGUGACACUGCUGAGAGCUAAGCGCUUUGGUCUCUCCAAAAACAGUCAUAUAGCCAUGGAGUUUGAUGAUACCAAAGUCAAAACUAGGCUAAUAAUUGAGUUUGAAAUCCAAACAGAAGCAGAAUCUGGUCUUGUAUUUUAUAUGGCCAGAAUUAACCAUGCAGACUUUGCAACCAUUCAAGUAAAAGAUGGAAUGGCUCAUUUCAGCUAUGAUCUUGGAAGUGGAAAUGCAAGCACAAUUGUUCAAAAGAAGAUAAAUGAUGGUGAAUGGCAUAAGGUCAGAAUUGUCCGGGAUAGGAAGAGAGUAACAGUUACAAUUGGUCUCAACGUGGCAACUACAGUUAGUCCUAAAAAUGCAGAUAUUCUGGAUGUUGUAGGUAUGAUUUAUAUUGGAGGAUUGCCAAAGAACUACACAACAAGAAGAAUUGGCCGUGUAGUCUACAGUAUAAAUGGUUGCCUCCGUAACUUUAAAUUGAACAACAACACUUUUGAUCUGAAUAAUCCGACUUCCAGCCUUGAUGUUGGUGUCUGUUUUCUUAAUAGUCAAAGAGGAAAUUAUUUUGAUGGAACAGGUUUUGCUAAAGCAGUUGCACAUUAUAGGGUCGGAACAGAUUUACGAAUAGAGUUUGAUUUCCGCACUUCUCAAAGAGAUGCAGUCUUGCUGGGAAUCAGCAGUCAGAGAGUGGAUGGACUGGGCAUUGAACUAGUUGGUGGAAAAAUAUUUGUUCACGUAGACAAUGGGGCUGGCAUAUUUACAGCUGUCUAUGAGCCUUCACACUUCAAUGGUUUGUGUCAAGGACAGUGGCACAAUGUUGUGGUCAAUAAAAUUAAAUACCGUUUGGAGCUGAUAGUUGAUGGAGAGAAAGUAGAAAGCAGAAGCUUAAGUGUAACCUCCACUGCAACUGACACCAAUGAUCCAAUCUUUGUUGGAGGGUAUCCAGGUGACAUGAAACAGUUAGCAUUGACCAUUGAUACUCCUUUCAAGGGUUGCAUACGUAACCUGAAACUAACAAAGGGAACGCAGACUCUAGAAGUUGACUUCAGCAAAGCAGUCGAGCUCCAGGGAGUUCAACCCCUUACCUGUCCUGCAUAAUGGAAUCCACUGGUGUGUUUUAAACAAAAAUGAAAGUAUAUGGUUCAAAAUAAGCCUAUAUAUCUUGUACAUGGCAGAAACAUUUUUGCUGAUACAAAUUAAACAGUACCUUCAUAUUACAUUAAUACUAUUUUUUUCUCUGUACUAAACAUUAUGACUCUAAAAUAUUUUCUCAGUUUUCAUUUAUUCAUUAAAACUAAAGUAAGUAUU